AUGUCUGAGAUGCUACAGUUCCACGUCUACCCCGACGAGCUGGAAGAAGACGAUAUCCUCUUCCGCAACGAACUACUGGCCUACCGACGACUCUCCGCGCAGGGCUUGUGUGACAAAAGAGUCGUCUGUCAGUUUUACGGAUGUAUGGCUGGUCUUGAUCCCGCUCUGAAUGAGAGCUGGCUCCGUCCGUUCGUGAAUGAUGCUUUCCGUCCCUGCGCCAUCUUUCUGGAAUACAUCCCGAACUUACUGCAAAUCAACUCGGAAACAUACACCAAGGAAAGAUGGCAGCGCGCAACGGAAGUCCAGAACGACAUCUUACGCGCUGGUGUUCUACAGCAAGACAUUCAUUACAAUGCGAUGGUCGCUGUCGAUGGAAACUCGGAGGACAGGGUAAUCUGGCUCGAUUUCGAUUGGGCAAAGACUUACGAUCAGGACAUCAGAGAGACUCCGGACGCGGUGUAUCAAAUUGAUCAGAUGAGGAAGAUGGGACUUGAGUUUGAAAAGGCUCAAGAAGAAGGGAUUCCUCCGUGGUAA